AUGGCAAAAGAGUUUACUCAAAACUGGUUCUGUGAUCCAAGACAAAGCAACCUACCUACACACUGGCCUUAUGCAUUGAAUGAAAACAACCUUCAACUGAUCUUUGAAACCCUUGAAGAGGACUCAAACCUGAUGUUGGAUGAGAUCAGCAACAUCUUGGAGGACCUCACAGAUAAAAAGCCGUGCAUUUCAACAUUACAAUCCACCAUCACCAAACAACUCAACUAUAGCUUAAAGAAAGGUCAAACUGUUGAUCCUUGGCAGUCCAAAGAGCAGCAAGCUGAGUAUGCUAGAAGGGUUGCUAACCUGCCUUCCCAAGUUUUCCUUGACAAGGUUGGCAUGAAUGAACGUGAUGUUGUUCACACUCACCUUAGGGCACCAAUGACUUCUCUGAUACAAGGAGGAGGCUAUCAGCCUGCUUACUCCAUAUGUAGUUCUUUUCUAUUUUACUUCUGUGUUUUUGGUUUUAUUGCAAUUGAUGAUCACAAAAGAUUACAAAGUCAAAAGAAGUUCAAAUUCAUCUUCUGA